AUGCUCCGACUCAACAAUGAACAGCCAACCGUCGAUGCUGAUCAUGCUAUGGAGCAUACUGACGACAACGAUGCCGAAUACGAAAUGGACGAUAUGUACGGCGCCCAUCCCAUCGAGAUCGAGAGGAACGCGCAUGCUGGCAAUGCCGAUUCAAGGACUAGUGCCGAAAAUGUGGACUACCCGGUUUGCGACGAGCCCACUGUGUUCUAUGACUCAGAUGCCGAGGACGCGGACUGUUGA